UUCGUUUGACCGACGACGUCGUCGGCCAAUCGCGGGCUUCCGAUUCUCCGAACCUUUGUACAGGAGGGGCGGGCGCGGCGACGCGCGCUCGCUCGCAUAGCGGAAGAAAAUGGCGGCCGUGGCCACCGAGCCAGGAGCUGCGGCGAUUCGCACAACGGCGACGACCGACGACGGCUCACCGGAAUCGGGCCCCAGCGGCCCGGGGCGCACGCAGGUCUCCCAGGACCCCGAGAGAUUGCCGGAGCACGAGCCGGCCGUGGAGUUGUAUCGGCCUCGCUCGGGAGACUCCGGCAACGGGGAGGACCGCCGCCAUGUCAGGCCAGAGCCGCAGCCGCAGCCGGAGCCCGCGGUGGGAAAAGUCCAAGGUGAGGCCGCCGGCGACCCGCUCGUCCACGACCGCGGAGCCGGCGUCUCUCCCGGGGAAGCGGCGCGGAACGGCUCGGCGCAGGCGGCGUACCCGAGCAUCCUCGCGCAGCCCAAGCCCACCUCCUCCGCCGUCUUCCUGCACUCCUUCCCGGCCGCCGAGGCCGGCCUUUCGCUGGCGGAACCGGCGGAACCGACCACCAACGCCGCGGGCCGGGACCGAGGCUACGCGGCUUCGGUCCAACCGGAGCGAAGGCCCGCCGCUAGCCACGACGCCGGACGGGAAGGGGAUCCGGAGCCCGAGGAGACGUGCGCGGGCGGCGGGUCGCCGCAUCCGGACGGCAAGCCGGCCGAAGCCUCGGCCGAAGCCGAGACGGGUCCUUGCGCCCCGCGGCUCGGCGCCUGCGUUCAGGACCUGAGCCUCAGCCUCGGCUCCGAGGUCCGGGUCUCUUUGGACCACGUCAUCGAUGACGCGCUGGUCGUGUCCUUCCGGGUGGGCGAGAAGCUCUUCUCCGGGGUUCUCAUGGACGUUUCCAAAAGGUUCGGACCCUACGGGAUUCCCGUCACGCCGUUUCCCCGACGCCAAGACCAGAGUCCACCUCAGAGGGCGGCGAUGCCGGCGGAAGCCGCAGCCCCAAAGCAGGAAGCGCCCGCGGAGAAGGACUCGCCGCCGUCUUGCCCGUGGAGCGCCAAGCCGCCCCCGCUCUUCCAGGAGGGGGCGCCGUACCCGCCCCCGCUCUUCAUCCGGGACACCUACAACCAGGCGCUACCUCAGCCGCCGCCCCGCAAGAUCAAAAGGCCCAAGCGCCGUUACCGCUGCGAGGAGCCCACCUCCAUCAUGAACGCCAUCAAGCUGCGCCCCCGCCAGGUGCUGUGCGACAAGUGCAAGGGCGCGGCGGCCGCGGCCGGGCGGCGGCCGGGCCCCGUGGACCUGAGGGGCGAGGAGGCGUCGCGGCGGCGGAGGGCGGCGGAGGGGCCCGUGUCGGCCGAGGUCAAGCGACUGAGGAGCGACGACAAAAGCGGGCGCGGCGACAGACGCCCCCCGCCGGGGAUCCGCGUGUCCGCCGCCGGCGCUCCCGCCUCCUCGCGCCGCGUCCUGCGGGCCGUGUCCUCGUCCUCCUCCAUUCGCCUGAAGCUGAACUCCAAGAAGGUUCUGGCCAAGGGAACCUCGGCGGAUUGCGCCAAGAAACUGCCGCGGAACUCGCAGCCGCCGCCCCCGCCGCCGCCGCCGCUCGGGGAGAACCAGGACCGAGAGGGCGGCGGCAAGGCCUUGACGCGUGCGGCGGCCUUGCAGAAUCACAACCGGAACCAGAAGGUCCACUUCACCCGCCGCCUGCAGCACCCGGGCGCCUCGCACACGGCGCUGCCGCCUCGGAUGCGCCUCAAACCCCAAAGGUAUCGUACCGACGACGCUCAGGCCCCCCCCUCCGCUUCCUCUUCCUCGCCUCCCAAACACGGCGCUCGCUCGGCCAGCCCCAGCCCCGCGCCGCGCCUCGCCCCCGCUCCGACGCCGCUCCCUUCUUUUUGUGCCGGCGCGGAGGCUCCUCCUCCUCCGCCGCCGCCGCCCCCUUGCCCCCUCCCGCACCGCGGCCUUUCGGAGAGCGCGGAGCCGCCGUCCUCGGCGUCCCCCCGCCCGCCCUCGGCCGAGCCUCGGGUCGGCGACGAGGAAGGGGGCGAACCCAAGCGGCGUCGCAAGUCUUCCACGUCGUCGUCGUCGUCGUCCUCUUCCUCGUCGACGACGUCGUCGUCCUCGGCGGUCUCCAAGUCGGUGUCGAAAAGCCUGCUGCCCGACGGGCGGCCGGUGUGCGUGGGCGACAUCGUGUGGGCCAAAAUCUACGGCUUCCCCUGGUGGCCGGCGCGGGUGCUGGGCAUCACGGUGGCGCGGCGGGCCGGCGGCGCCGCCUCGGCGGGGCGGCAGGAGGCGCGCGUGUCCUGGUUCGGCUCGCCCACCACUUCCUUCCUGCCGCUGUCGCAGCUCUCGCCCUUCCUGGAGAGCUUCCAGUCGCGCUUCGACAGGAAGAGGAAGGGCCCCUACCGCCGCGCCAUCUCCGAGGCCGCCAGCGCCGCCAAGCAGCUGACGCCCGAAGUGCGCGCGCUGCUCACGCAGUUCGAGACGUAGCCCCCCCGUCCCCCCUCCGCCCGCCCCUUUGCUCUGGGGGCGGGGGGGGGGGAGGACUUUCUUAUUUGGACGGAGGCUUCUCACCCCCGAGAUUCUUCAGGUGUCGCGAGACCCAUUUGGAGCGGCCUUAACUUGCCGGCGCGUCCCACCCUCCCUCGAGAUGCGCCGCUGGCGUUUUUCCUGCACGCGAGUCCCAAUCGUGCGUGAAAGUGUCUGCCGAGACCGAGCCCCCGGUCGGAUCUCGCCAACGGGGGCUUUUCCUUUUCAAAAAUCAUUUCAAUGAAGGGAUAGCGGGGCGCUCACUUUUUACAACCCUGAAAGUGAACAAAACAAAAUGAUUGAUUGGACGCCGCCGGGUCCCGGCAUGUUUGUGGCGUUUUGUUUUCAGUUUUGGUUUUGUGUCCGUUUCGAAGGUUGGCCGGCGGGAGCAAAAAAAAAAAACAACAACAACAACAAUCGCUACAGUUGUCCUGUUUUGGAAUCGAGGAUGAAGCGAUGAUUCAAAUCGGUCCAAUUCCCCCAAAAUGUCAUCGGUCCGUCAUGACGGAUGCCGAAAAUCUGCCAAUGUUGACUGUUGAGGUUGAAAUUGUGAGCAUUUGGGACAAUGUUCUCUCCAACAAGGACUCUGAAAGUUGAAUUGAUCCGAGUCGGCGGCGGUUCAUCUGAGCAGCGAUGCGUCGGCCGUUUGCCGCGGCUGCGCCUUAUUUAUUGCAUUGGACGGCAAAUGGCCUCAUUUCACCCACGCUAACGUGUGCCGCGGCGAAUCACUGGACUAAGCAAGUCAGGUGGAUUUUUUUGGGGGGGGCGGUCAUGUUAUGCUGAAGCUGAAAACUGAUCAAAACUGUGAAACUGUUCUCCAACCCGAGGCGAGGGCUUCAAGUCGUUUACGCUCGAUUCCCCCCCCCUCCCCCUUCUAAUGCAGACGAUGAUGAUGGUGGUGUAUUUUCCCUCUCUGUUUGUCUCCUGUUCCACUUUGGGACUCUUGAUUUUUCCCGCCCCGUCUGUUUGCAGAUUAGAGAUUCUGAAGCAAAACGAUUUGGUGUAAAUGCUUUUUUUUUCUUUCCCUGAUGUUUCCAAUCUUCAAUAAAACUUCUCUUUGAAUUGUG